AUGGCAAAGGUAAGAUCAUCCCUCGUUUCUGUCAUGAUCGCCCUCGCCCACGUCAGCUUCGUGACCCCCUUCUGCGUCCCCCCGUUCCCAAACAACACCAACAGCACAAACACAACCAUUCGGACCUCCCAAUCCCCCGCCCCCUUUCCCACUACGGCUCUUGGUCGGCCACCGGCCCCGUACAAUGUGUCAGGAAGACUUUCCGCCCCCCCGGCCCUAGCCUCUCUCACCUCCGCCCACGAACUCGAGUCCGAGGGCCCCUCCUUCUACCGCGGCAGCCAGAGCUGGCGCAAUCAGAUUUGCGGCGUGUCAUCCUUCGCCGGCUUCACUCGCGCCACGUCGGCCCUGACUGCGGACUGCCUUGCCCUCGCCGACGACCCCGCCGAGGCAGGCCACCUGUGGUACGCAAAGGGCUUCGCCGACAAUACGACGGUCCUCGAGGUACGCAACCACGGCACGUGCAGCUUCGGCAUCCGCCCGCCAUACGCGGACGACAUGUACGGGAUCGUCUCUGGGUGGUACAUCGGCGGCAUGGAUGUCGCCGAGGUCGUCCGCACCGCCGUCCGGGACUACGACGCCGGCGGGCUGGUGGGCGCGACCGGCGUGAUGCACUGCAAAAUCAGCAGCGCGGCCAACGUCGACGUGCAGUGGGCCAUCUUUGGGCCCGGCGAGCAGGCCGAGGCCGGGUGGUGGACGGCGCCGCCCGUCCCCUCGUCGGCUGGGACCAAGGCGCCUGUUGGCACGGCUGUGUUUUCGGCCGUUGCCGCCUUUUGGCUGCCCGUUCUCUGGUAUGUUGUGAGUUGA